CUUCUCGCGUUACGAUAGUCUUGAGGAGCUGCAGCAGCGUACGAGCAGAAGUGGAAGCGCAAUCGGGAUAUUGCCAGUGGUCGCGGCACAGGGUCCACAAGGAUCGCGUGGCAGUAUAGCAGUUGGAGCUGGGGUUGGCGCGGCAGGAUUAUAUGCGUCUGCGGGUGCACGUUUACCAGUAGCCGUCGGUGUUAGCGGCAAUAGUGGAAGCGGCAGCGGUGUUGGUGUGCGCGGUUCGAGCGGUUCGCGCAGUGGUAGCAUAGCACCUGGAUUAGAUGGUCAUCGUGCAGUGCUGAGUACCAGUGGAACAGGCGUGGUAUCGCCGGCUGGUCAACAGUUAAGCAGGAGCAGUGUGAAUGGCUAUUCAACGGCAGCUGCAGCGGUUGGUAUUGGUGGUGGUGUUGGCAUCGGAGGUGGCGGUGGAGCGAGCGGAGGCAGCGGUUCACAAUUUAUAGGUAGCACUACAACGACGACACGAGGGCGUCUCUCAAUCAGUUCACCAUCUGGCGCUGGCGCAAGCGCAUCUGCAGCGGCGAUACAAGGCGGUGUAGCGACAGCGAAUGAAUUCUUAUUAAUAGGCGGUGCUGGUGGUGCAGGCGUUGGUCAAGGAAGUAGCGGUGUUGGUGCUGCCGCAGGUAGCGGAAGUCCCGGGACUGGCGGUGUUGCUGGAGCAGGUAUUCCUAAACGCCAAGGAAGCUUUUCGAAUGUUUUCUCGAAAUUAAUCGACGGAAUGCCCGCCGGUACAAUGUUCUCUAAAUUCAAGAGUGCCAAUAUGGCACCCACGUCCUUACAAAGUAUCACAGAUACAAAUCCUAUCAGUCAGUACUUCGAGAUCGGCAAACAAGUGGCCAGUUCAGGCCCGGAAUUGGUGUGGCGGAUACACGAGGGCUACCGCAAAAGUGAUGGCAGGGAAUGUUCUAUAUUUGUUUUCGAGAAGAAAAUUGCAGAAAAGCUUCAUAAACCACGCCGUAAAGAGACAGUAACGGAACUACUGAGGAACUCUGUAAAGACAAUGGAGCGUUUUCGUCACCCCAAAAUUCUACAAGUUAUUCACACCGUGGAAGAAUCGUCAGAUACUUUGGCUUUCGCUUCUGAACCCAUCUUUGCUAGUCUCUCUAACAUUUUGGCGUUUCAUGAAUCGAAAACUUAUGAAAAUGUGGCCAUGCCUUCGAACAGUGGAGCGACGGGCACGCAGAACAGUCAACAGCAGAACACAGCAGGGCCCCAGCGGCCAGCUCAUGCGAAGGAGUAUAACUUUUUGGAUAUCGAAUUGAAAUACGGCUUUCUGCAACUGGUGGAAGCAUUAUCCUUUUUACACUACUCGGGCCACGUGAUUCAUCGAAAUGUGUGUCCUUCAUCUAUAUUAGUAACCAAGCGGGGUACGUGGAAAUUGGCUGGCCUAGAGUUUAUUGAAAGAAUGAAUGAGACUGAUGUAAAUGAGUUAGUUCCUUGCCCGCCUUGGAGUAACAAGGUUUCAAAAAUGGCUCAACCUAAUCUGGAUUUCAUGGCUCCCGAGACUCAAUUAACUUCGAAGGGCAGCCUACUUAGUGACAUGUUCUCGUUGGGUUUGGUAAUAUGUGCGGUUUUCAACAGCGGACGGCCAAUCAUCCAAGCCGGUAAUAUAGUUUCGAGUUAUAUGAAGCAAUUGGAGAUGCUGGAGGAGACUGUGCAGAAAAUGUUGCCGCGGGUGCCGGUACCAUUGCAAGAGGCUACCUCUCGUUUGGUUAGUCGAGAUCCCACCGCUCGACCGCCUGCGCAACUCUUGCAAUUGAUUAAAUACUUUAGUGAUCCCGGUGUAAAUGCGCUCAAGUUCUUAGAUGUGGUCAACAUGAAGGACACAUCGCAGAAAUCUCACUUCUACAAAAACACGCUAAUGGAAGCGAUGCCGCUGAUACCGAGAAAAUUGUGGUGGCAAAAUGUGUGGCCAAUGCUGCAGGCCGAAAUCAGCAAUGGCGAAGUACUGGCAGCGGUUUUGCAGCCCGUCAUCAAACUCAUACAGGAGGCAUCACCGGGUGAAUAUGAGUCGAUUAUGGCGCCAACGAUGAAGGUAAUUUUCGGCUCGCCCAAGUCCAUACAAGCCACAGUGACCUUGUUGGAAAAUUUACACCUUAUUAUAGAGAAGACCGCUCCGGGCGAUGUCACCACCGACAUUAUACCAAUGCUGUUUUUUGCUUUCGAAAGCUCAACGAUACAGGUGCAGAGCGCUGCUGUUGUGGCAGUUACAAAUGUUUUCGACAAUAUCGAAGAUGUUUCGAUCAGACGCAUGGUGAUUCCAAAGGUGAAAUCUGUGUUCGAAAAGAAUCUAGCGGAUCCGAAAAUUGUGCAAAACGUACUUAUCUGCAUAGAGGGGCUCAUGGACAAACUGGAGCGUGCUCAGGUUAUGGAAGAGGUGCUGCAGCUGCUAGGCGAUGUCCGUAUACCGGAACCGGAUAUAGUGAUGCGUACAGUGCAUAUAUAUCAUAAAAUGGUUGUCGAUAAGACAUAUGGUCUGACGGUGGAGACAAUGGCUACGCAUGUGCUUCCACUAUUGAUACCACACACCGUUAAUCCGGGUCUGAACCUCGAACAAUACUGUAUGCUGGUAGAGGUGCUGCAAGAGAUGCUCGAACAAAUUGACCGUCAGCAACGUAAUAAAUUGAAACUGGACAAUCUGUCAAUACCAUCACCGGAGCGCCAUCGUCCGCUGCGGCAUCAAUUCUCAUCGGAUAACAUGAAUGCCCCUCCAUUCAAUAUACCCAAUUUGCGUAUCGAUCAGCGGAAAACAUCCAGUGCAGAGGAUAUGGCACGCAAGAAUUCCGGAGGUUCAGGCAUGCUGGGCGGCUGGUGGUUCGGCUGUUCGCCGUCAUCGCCCGAUAGUAAUUUCCUGCGCGUGGCUAAUGCAUUCCCCAACCGACGGCUGUCGGACAACACCUUGAUGACGCCGAAAAUACGCAUUGCACCAUCGUGCGCCUCCUCGCCAGGUGGCACGCCGGGCAGCGGGCUGCCAACACGCCGACACUCGAGCAUCGGACCACAGGAACGACGCGGCUCGACAAUCAAUCUGUCGCCGCCUACUACGUAUGGUUUUGGUGCACGCGGUAGCUCUGGAUCGAGUUUGUCGGUACCCUCCUCGUCGGCCUAUGUUAAAUCUCCUUUAUUAUCCUCCAACAAACAGGGUGGAUCAAUGCCGAACACCUCAAGCAGUGUGCCAUUUUUACUAUCGUCCAGUAUGCAAUCGAUACGAUCCAGACGUACCUCAACUGUGCUCUCAUCGGGACCGCUGGGAUCUGGCUCUGGCCUACUACAGCAACUCGGCAGCGGAAUGUACCAGCUUUUCUCCGGUCGAACUUAAGCAAAUUUUUUUACAAGUCACAGCUAUCGCAAUCAUUUUUAACUCACCUAGCAUUCGUUUAGCAAAACGCGACUUGCAACUGCAUCAAAUUACAGCGCGCCGGGCCACAAACAAACUGCGGCGAAAUGAUGUAUCUCUGAGCAUGUGUACAUUUUUAGAGAAAGCAACUGGGCAAUGGGAACGCGUUAAAGUAACCGCGCAAUAUUACCAGCAGUUUUAAAUAUUCGUCAUACUCACACCAGCUUAACACUCACACAUUAUAUUUUACACAGCUAUUUAUUUCAAUCACUUUUCAACACAUAUACAACUGUAGGUUCAUCCGAAAUAAGUUCGCACAGUGUCUAACACGAACGAAUCACUUAAAUAAGAAAUGCAAUAAUAAAUUUACACUCAUAUUUUCGAAAUAUGAAACAGCCUGUAUGCUGUAAAACACCCGUACACCUCCCCUAAAUGCAAAUGCAAUCAUUUUAGAAACAAACAUUACUUAGUAGUUGAUAGCAACGAGUAGCAUACUCGUAUACUCUCGGUAGAGUCUGGAAAUCUGGAAAUACGAUUGAAUUUAGAAACUCCUAUUUAUUCUUAUACUAUUACCCGACAUUUCCAGCAUUUUUAGCAUCUUAGCGUCUUUAGAAAACAAUCACAGCCAACUAUGGCAUAUGGUAUUUAUGUAUUUAAGAUGUUGAUGUUCACAUAAAGGAAUCUCGAUGUUUUAGUAGCGCCAAGUGUUGUAGGUGAAACGGAAAAAAGUUCCAUUAACACUUUGCACACACAUAUAAGAUAUAUGUAUGUGUGUUGUAGGUGUAUCAGUAGCUAUACGUAGUGUUUACCUCAGUCGAUAGUGACACGAGUCUCACACAAAAAAAAAUCAUCCUCAAAUCUUUGCUGUUUACUUCUACACUAUGCUAGCGGCCGGUUAACUGUAAUUUUGUUUGACUAACUUGUAACUAAAUAAUGCAACUUUCGAAUUUAUUUGGAAAAAGCAGAGAAUUUCGACAGACUUCCCACAAAUGUGUUUAACAUUCUUUGGCGUGCUAGCUACAACACAUUAAACUUAGGAUAAACCUGUUAGAAUUGAAAUGAAACUAUAUUCAUGAUUUUACAACUUAGAACAAGUAUUUCAGUAAUAUAUGUAAGUGUUUAGAUGCUAACGGUUUAUUAUUUGUAUGAGAAAAAAGAAACAAAUAAUUAACGGAACAGCAGUUCGCAGUAACGUCAUCAAAAACACCACAACUACUACUACUGAGCUAAAGGUUGUUAAUCCUCCGUAAAGGGCAGGUCCCUACCCAAACAUGGAUGCAGUUAGUUAUAAAUGAAAUCCCGUUUAAUACAUAUAUGGCUUGCUUUAUGUGUGAAUGUUUGUGUCAGGUGCCGUUUACGGUACUUAAAAACAGAUGCAAUAAUACAGAGACGAUUUGUUGAAUGUACUCACUUCUUAAAUAGAAUUAGUAUACAACAACAAAAAUGCACACUAUGCGUAAAGAAACCUUCAAGAAGAAUGCAACAAAUACAAAAAGGUAUAAAAAUGUUAUGAAAUAUUCAAUUUGCUAGAAACAGCAAAAGAGAGAGGAUUUAUUGACAUUGUUAAAAUAGCGAAAUGUUAUUGCUGUUAGGGAAUGCAAAUAGAAGGAAAAUAAAUUACAUAUAACGAUUGUUGGGAUUUUUCGCGGACGCCGUGCGGUGAUCGUAACACAAAACUGUAUUUAAUAUUAGAUAUUAUAUAAAUCGUAUUCAUAUACGGAUACUCUGUCAAUUUUACAGCACUCAAAUGAAAUGUCCAAAGAAUAAGAAUAAGAAAACAUACUCUAAAUAUACAUACAUAUAUACAUACAUACAACUAAUGAGAACUGUAUUUCCAAAGUUAUAAGAAAUAAAUGAACGUUUGAGAAUAACAUUUAUAUUUUAUGGAUUGUUCAAGAGUGUAUACACAUUAUUAGAUAAAUAUAUAUAUAUAGUUACUUCUUAUCAAAGUACCUAAUUAUUACGUUAUUAUAUGUAUAUCUAUUUGUACAAUUCGUGUAUCUAAAAGACAAUCAAUAUAUUUCCACGUAUAAGGCGAAAAAACAUGUAACGUAACUUAAACAAUAUGCUAAGCUCAAUGUGGAAACGACCAACUGUAUUUUCAAAUUUCGAAUAACAAGUGCUGCUACAUUCUUCACUUCAGAAAUACAUAGAAACUUUCAAUACUUUAGUUGAACUCAUACGCGAAUGCUUGAACCGUUUCCACAUUGAACUAAGUAGAUACUCUAUAAAUUUUAGUAUAUACCUGCCUAUAUGAAUACACUAAUACUUCGUAUUAUAGAAAAUCUCUCAAAAGUCCAUUUUUACUCUAAAACGCGUCAGACACGUAAAUUCUUUUACAGGGAUUGCCUAGCUUUUGCGUAUGCAAUCACAUCUACUGGUUGAACUUGCACAUUUAGAAUUAGAAUGCUUGUAGGUUCACACCACCGAUCCUAACAAUAUUAUAUGUGAAUCUGAUAAUCAAAAAUUAUAUAAAAACACACUUACAUACAUUUUUUUAAUAUGCUUAUGUAUGUUUUUUGAAAGUGCAAAGUCGAAAUAAUUAAUAUUUAUAUAAUAUUUUUUAUCAAAUGCAAAUUCACGAAAAUAUACAAUUUUCUUUAUAAAUCAAGCAUACGAAAUAUAAACACCCGUCUGCUCUUUUUGAUAAUCAAGUCCAAAAUAAAAAGAAAA